AUGGAUAACUUUGAGGAGUUUGAGACUUCAGUGGAGGAAGUAAUUGCAGAUUAUAUGCUUCUUGAUAACAGUAACAUUGCUUUGUCUUCAGAUUCCCCCAAAGAAUCCUUAUCAUUUGAGGAUGUGACUUUGGACUUCACCCAGGAGGAGUGGCAGCACCUGGACACUGCUCAGAGGACACUGUACAGGGAUGUGAUGCUGGAGAACUAUAGUCACCUCGUCUCAGUGGGGUAUUGUAUCCCUAAACCAGAACUGAUCUUCAGGUUGGAACAAGGAGAGCAACCAUGGGUAUUAGAGGAAGAGUCCCCAGGCCAGAGCUACCCAGAAGUCUGCAAAGUUGAUAACCAGCUAGAGAAGAGUCAGGAAAUCCAGGACAGACAUUUCAGGCAAGCUCCAUUUAUCAACAACAAAACACUGACUAUAGAGAGAGGUAAUGUAUUAGGAAAAAUGUUUAAUUUCAGCACAUACCCAGUUUCUUCUGUUAAAAUACUUUGUAAAUGUGACACAAGUGGUAUGAGUUUGAAAUAUAUUUCAGAAUUAAUUAUUGAGAAAAACUAUUUAAGAAAGAAGUCUGAUGAUCUCAGCACAUAUGGAAAAUUAUUCCUUCGUAUUAACCAUGAAAAAACUCAUGUGGGAGAGAUACCUUAUGAAUUCAUUCAAAAUGGAAAGUACCUCAGUCAUAAUGAAGACUUCAUGCCAUAUGAGAAAAUUAAAAAUGUAGAGCAGUCUUUUGACUACAAAGAAUGUGGGAAAGAUUUCUGUGAGAAGACACUUUUCAUCACAUAUAAACAAGCUCACAAGGGACAGAGUCCUUGUGAACACAGGGAAUGUGAUAAAACAUUCUGUAAUUAUUCAACCCCCCCAAAAAGAGAAAGUCUUUAUGAGUUUAAUGAAUAUGGUAAAACCUCUGAGAAAUUAUCUCUCUUGAAACAUAGAGUUCAUUUGAAGAGAACAUUUGAAUGUAACAGCCUGAGGGAACCUUUCUGGGAGAAGUCAGUUCUUAAUGUAACUCAGAGAACAGGCAUAAGAGACAAUGUCUAUGAAUGUAAUGAAUGUGGAAAAGCAUUCUGUGAAAAAUCAAAACUCACCAAACAUCAGAGACUACAUACAGGAGAGAAACCCUAUGAAUGUAACAAAUGUGGGAAAUGCUUCUCUAGGAAGUCACUUCUCACUUUACAUCAGAGAAUCCACACUGGAGAGAAGCCCUAUAAAUGUAAUGAAUGUGGGAAAUCCUUCUCUAGGAAUUCACACCUCAUAAUUCAUCAAAGAACUCACACAGGAGAGAAACCCUAUGAAUGUAAGGAAUGUAGAAAAAGCUUCUACCAUAAGUCAUAUCUCACAGUACACCAGAGAAUUCACACAGGGGAGAAACCCUAUGAAUGUAAUCAAUGUGGGAAAACCUUCAUAAGCAACUCAGUUCUCACAGUACAUCAGAAAACACACACAGGUGAGAAACCCUAUGAGUGUAGUCAAUGUGGGAAAUUUUUCUCCAGGAAUUCAUACCUUACAGUACAUCAGAGAACUCACUCAGGUGAGAAACCAUAUGGAUGUAAGAUAUGUGGGAAAACCUUCUGUCAUAAGUCAGAUGUCACUAAACACCAGAAAACUCACAUAGGGAGGAAACCCUACAAAUGUAAUGAGUGCGAGAAAACCUUCAGUCGCAAUUCAGGCCUAAAAGUACACCAGAGAACACACACAAAGGAGAAACCCUAUGAAUGUAAUGAGUGUGGGAAAUCCUUCUCUGAGAAAUCAGUCCUCACAGUACAUCAGAGAAUACACACAGGGGAAAAACCUUAUAAGUGUAAUGAAUGUGGAAAAACCUUUUACAAUAAGUCAGAUCUCACUAAACACCAGAGAACUCACACAGGUGAGAAACCCUAUAAAUGUAAGGAAUGUGGGAAAUUCUUCUCUAGAAAUUCAUACCUUACAGUACACCAGAGAGCUCACACAGGGGAAAAACCCUAUGUGUGUAAAAAAUGUGAGAAAACCUUCUACUAUAAGUCAGACUAUACAGUACAUAAGAGAACACACAGAGGGGAGAAGUCUUCUCACUGUGAUCAGUGUGGGAAAACCUUCACUUUUAAUUCAGUCCUCAGAUCACAUCAGAGAACUCACACAGGGGAGAAGCCCUAUGAAUGUAAGGAGUGUGGGAAAUCUUUCUCUGAGAAAUCAGUCCUCACUGUACAUCAGAGGAUACACACAGGGGAAAAACCUUAUAAGUGUAAUGAAUGCGGGAAGCCCUUCUCUCAUAAGUCAGAUCUCACUAAACAUCAGAGGACACACACAGGGGAGAAACCCUAUGAAUGCAGUCACUGUGGGAAAACCUUUAGUUGCAACUCAGGUCUCAGAGUACAUCAGAGAAGACACAUAAGGUAGAAACCCUAUGAAUGUAUUGAGUGUGGGAAAACCUUUAAGAAAUCAGUUCUCACAGUACAUUCAAAAUUACAUACAGGGGAAAAAAAUGAGUAUCCGAGUCGUACCCAGAUUAACCUGCCCAUUUACCGGCGGGCGCUGGCCUUAAGCCCGGGCCCCUCAGGCUUUACAACCCACGUCUCCAGCAGCCUGCGCCGCCCACGCGCCAGCGCCGACGUGACGGGUUUGGCAUCCACGUCACAAACGGAGGUUCUCGCGCACGUACGUCCCGCUAUAAGCCCGGCGCCCCAGGCCUCCUCCAGCUGCCCCUUUCACGCAGGUCGAGAAACAAGGCUUCUGGGGAGGAACCGCACUGCGGACAGCCAGCCUCCCCGCCAGGCCCCCUGCCUGGCCUCCUCCCCAGUCCUCCUCGGAGGCCAGUCCGGCGCUCAGAGGGGGGAGCGGCGGCUGCCAGGGUCUCCGACUCGGCGCGGCCGCGGAGACCGGCUUCCCCCCGCCCUCGGCCUAGCGCCCGCACCGAAGCCUCCGACACACCUGCAGGGGCUCGGCCUCAGCUCCCGGCCCGCGAAGGUUCCAGGCCCCGCCCUCUGCGGCGCCGAGCGGACUGGAGGCGCCUGCGUCCUCUCCCCGCCUGGGAGCGAGACGGAGAAUGAGAAGACGUUUAAAUAUAAUAAUGGUGGGAAAGCCUUAGAGAAAAAGACCGUGAUAAUCCCACAUAGGCAAAUUCAUACAGGAGAGAAACUCUGUGAAUAUAACGGACAUGAGGAAACUUUCUGUGAGAAGUCCUCUCUUUUGAGAUGUCAUGGAAUCUACAGAGGAGAGAGGCUAUUCAAAUGUAAUGAAUGUUGGAAAACAUUCAAUCACAAGUCAAACCUCACAGUGCAUCAGAGAACACAAACAGGGGAGAAGCCCUAUGAAUGUACUAAAUGUGGGAAGUCCUUCCAACAGAAGUCAAUGCACAUGGUCCAUCAGAGAGUUCACACAGGAGAGAAACCUUAUGAAUGUAAUUUAUGUGGGAAGACCUUCAGUCACAAAUCAGCCCUCACAGACCAUCAGAGAACACACACAGGAGAGAAACCCUACAAAUGCAGUGAAUGUGGGAAGUCCUUUUACCGAAAGUCAUCCCUCACUCAACAUGGGAGGACUCACACAGGGGAAAAACCCUAUGAAUGUAAUGAAUGUGGGAAAACUUUCUGCCAGAAGUCAGCUCUCAUUCAACAUCAGAGAACUCACACAGGAGAGAAACCCUUUCAGUGUAAUGAAUGUGGUAAAACUUUCCAUCAGAAGUCAGCCAUUGAUAUACAUCAGAGAACUCACUCAGGAGAGAAACCCUUCCAGUGCAAUGAAUGUGGGAAAUCUUUUCAUAUGAAGUCAACUCUUACUAAACAUCAGAGAACUCACACAGGGGAAAAACCCUAUGAAUGUAAUGCAUGUGGGAAGAAUUUCCGUCAGAAAUCUACCCUCACUAAUCAUUCAAGAACUCACUCGGGGGAGAAAACUUAUAAAUGUGGAGAAUGUGGGAAAACUUUCUGCCAGAAAUCAACCCUUACUAAUCAUCAGGGAAUUCACAUAGGGCAGAAGCCCCAUGUGGCACAAACUGGCUAUGUUUUUCCCAAUACUCAUUUCAUUUUUUGUAAAGGGGAAGGUCGCAAGGCACAGCUUUCACCCUUCGAGGUCCAGGCCUGGCUGAGAGAAGGGGGUCCCUGCGCGGGGGGCGGGGGGCGGGUUACCCUGCCCCAGAGCGUUCGUCCAGCACCCAGUCUGCGUCCUCCCACCAGUGCCCAGGCCCGGCUGAAGAGGCAGAUCUCAGAUGGUGGCUCCCUCAGGGCCGGGUCCCCAGACCCUGCCCAGCCGUCAUCGCUGAGGGAGCCAGGCACCCAGCACUCAGCUGGCCCUCAGGCUCCUCAGGCUGCCCAAAUGGGGGAAAACGUGUGCACAGGGGACAGGAAUGAGACCUGCAUGCUGUGGAGCGUCCAGGCAGGCAGCCUGGAGAAGCUGGUGGGAAACCUGGUGCCUGCCUUCCUUGGCGGGGCCCCCUCUGACCUCCCCACAUUCCUGGGCACCUACAGGGCCUUCCUUACCAUCCAGCAGAUGCUGGAGCUUCUCUUCACAAAAUAUGGAUGCACGCUCCCUUACUCUGAUGAGUACGGUGGACCCCUGCACCAGCUGAAAAUGUGA